AUGGGAGGAGAUAGCAGCGCAGUGGCCGACCAACUGCAGAAUGUCAAAGAGAUUCAAGCAUCUCAAGGCGCCUUCGCUGCAAUCUGCCAUGAUGGCACCGUUGUCACCUGGGGUUCGGUCGCCUACGGCGGCAACAGCAGCGCGGUGCAAGCGCAGCUGAGCCAGGUGCAGAAGAUCCAAGCUACUGACUUUUCCUUCGCCGCCAUUCGCUUGGAUGGAUCCGUCGUGACUUGGGGUGCUGGGCAGUUUGGUGGAUUUUGCGAAGCUGACCUGCGUGAGGUACUGCACAUACAGUCUACAAGGAGCGCGUUUGCUGCCAUUCGCGCAAACGGCUCGGUCGUUACCUGGGGCGCUGCAGAAGAGGGUGGUGACAGCAGCGCAGUCCAAGAUAAGCUGCACAACGUCGUGCACGUCCAAGCAACGGGCCGCGGCUUCGCGGCCAUCCUCGCGGAUAGCUCCGUCGUGACUUGGGGUGGUGGCGAGUCAGCCUCCUACAACCAAUAUACCUGCUGCCUCAACGACUAG